UUUUUUUCUUUUUUUUUCUCCUUCUUGUAAAGCAUUUGCCUCUUUACACAGUAACAGCUUCAACCCGUUCAUUUCUUUUUUAUUCUCUCAUUCAUUAUUCGCUCUGUUUUGCUUCAUUCGUCUUUAUUUCAUCUUGGUUAAUCAUUACUCUUCUCUUUAAUCAUUGACUCGUCAUUAUCUUCUUCCCUUUCUCCCUCUGAGCAUACAGUCUUAACAACAAGUACGACAAGAGCAUAAGCAGAGGGAGGAGAGGUCACUUUCAAACUUCGUCUAUCCAUCUUAGCCCAAAUGCCCAACCUCCGGCGUUCUCUCCAGAGUAAGAGCAGCACAGGCAGCCAAUCGCCUACACGUUCCCAUGCCACUCCAAUAGGAGCAGGGCUAGCCCCUCCUCGUAAAGUCAUCAAAGCUCUAUAUGACUACAACUCACAGCAGCCAGAGGAAAUGCCAUUUUCCAAAGGUGAUUUCUUUCACGUCAUUGGCAACGAGGACGAUGAGGAUUGGUAUGAGGCAUGCAACCCUAUCACAGGCGCUAGGGGAUAUGUGCCUGUUACCUACUUUCAAAUCCUUGAGAAGAACGGUAGCCAACAGCAGCAACGUUCUCAAUAUAGGAAGAGCAAUCAAAGUAUUGAAGACACUGGGAAUGACUCGGGCACAUUUACUGAACCACUUCCACAAAAAUAUUUUGCUCCAAAACUCUCGCCACAACCAUUCUAUCAACAACCAGUUUCGGGAGGCGUUACUGGUUUACAGUCAGCACCUCUUCCAGUAACGUCUCAAAAGACUGGUCCUACACCUUCAUUGCCGAAAUGCCAGCCUCUAUAUGGUAUCGUGCUCUAUGACUUUGGUGCCGAGAGAGCGGAUGAACUCGAUUGUAAAGUUGGAGAUGCUAUUCUAGUCAUCGCACAAUCCAAUGAGGACUGGUACGUCGCAAAGCCUAUAGGGCGUUUAGGUGGUCCAGGCCUGAUUCCCGUCAAGUUUGUGGAGAUCAGGGACAUGGUCACUGGUAAACCAAUCGACGUUCCUGAGAUGUUGCGACAGACAGGAACAGUAAUUCCACGGGUGGACGAAUGGAAAAAGCAGACUAUGGAGUAUAAAGCAAAGAGCAUCCCUCUGGGUCGUAUUGAUGUUACUGAUGUCCCACAAGCAGCAGUAACAACAGGAGCGCAGCCUAUAUCCCCGCAACAACCUGCUAGUGCACCUUUGCCAUUGCCUGUACACUUAAAUGGUGAACAAACAAUUCAUCAACUCAAGAGCAAGGUACCGAGAGCAGAUUACAAAGCCUCUCAUAUUCGAGAUCAACAUGGAAGAAGAAACCCCUCUCAAGAUCUGGACAUUGGUCGUCGAGUGGAGAGCAUUAAUGGCGUAAGAGGCGUCCCAACCAUAGCCCGAUCACACAAUCAUGAUGCUUACGAAGACAGGCAUCACCACCAUCCUGCCUAUCCUCAUCAUCAGCACACUCACAGCGGCGGCAGUAUCCAGUACUAUCAUCACAAUCCACACCGAAUCAUCCAUGCCUCUGUUGAAUCGUUCCAUCUUGCAGACGGACAGUACUGGUUCAAUGUACGCGUAGAAAUUGCAUCAGGUGCUGUAAGAAGUUUAUUUCGCUUGUAUGAGGAUUUUUACAACUUUCAUAUCGCACUUUUGGAAGAAUUCCCAGUAGAGUCUGGACGAGUAGGUGAUCAGCCAAGAAUUUUACCCUUCAUGCCUAUACCAUUACCGAACGUAACGGAGACUGUGUCAGCCACACGGCGGAAAGAUCUUGAUUUAUAUGUGCAGGACCUUUGCAAACUACCGCCUAGGAUCAUGCAACAUCCAUUGGUAGAGAAUUUGUUUGCAGUGAGAGAUGGUGAUACAGAGACGCCUCCUAAUGAACAGAAACAGCCUGAUCGAACAUCUGGAACAAGAUCAACCUCCCCAGCAUUGGGUCGCUCCCACCCUGCACGAGAUCUGGAUCGUCGACCCUCACCUUCUGCUGGUUCGAGAGGGACGCGACCGCCAUUUGUAUCGCGUCCUCAACAGAGUACACGGAGCUAUGGCGAUGAAUCGCCUGGUGGCUCGUCCCCUGGCGUGCGCUCUCUAUCUCAAUUCCCUGCGGCCCCAAGUACCCCUGUUGCAACUGCCGUGGGAACUACUGCUGCUGCUACUGUGCCACCACCUAGUCAGGGACUUCCAUUAGCAAUUAAAACUGCAGAGGACAUGAUCAAAGUCAAAAUUUCGUACCAGGAGGAUAUCAUGGCUAUGAGGAUACCUGUGAGCAUUGGAUUCAAAGCUCUACAACAAAAGAUUUUCGAUCGACUACAGAUAGAACCCCAUCGAACGUUAAGCUACCGAGAUGAUCACGGAGAUUUCGCCAUCAUUCAGACGGAUGCGGAUGUACGAGCGGCUAUGGAUCGGAGUGGCGGCAAACUGAUGGUCUACGUUGAUUAAGCAUAGCCAAUAUGUAUUACAUGUGUCUAUUUGAUUUAUUAUUAUUAUUUUUAUUACUCAUGCCCCUCGCUCUUGUUUGUUAGCAUUCACAUUUAUUUUUUGUAGAUAGUCAGGCACUCUUCUCUCCUUUUCUUUCAUAACAUGAAUAAAUACAACUUAGGAUACCCAUUG